AUGAGUACUUGGAACGUUGAAAACUAUCAUUGGGAAGAACAUAACUGCAACAAGUGGGCCACACAGCGCUUACAAGAGCUCGCCUCCAACGUAAAGGUCGACGGCUGGGAGUUUACAGACAUUUCUUUCUCUGGCAUCGAAGCUAGCCGCUCUAUUCGUAAGAACCGUGAAAUCAGAUCAUUCGAAUUCACCUUCGACUGCAAGUUCAAGCAUAACGGCAUGGAAGGCAAGAUUAAAUUCAUGGACGUUUCUAAUGAUGCUAUAGAUUCAAUUGACGAUUGGGAGUACGAACUCACAUUCACAGGUGAGAGUGCUAAGAAGACUGCAGCUGAAAAGAAGGUUAUUCGUGCUGAUGCUGAGAAGGAUGCUGCUAAGGCCUUCCGUAACUGCUUCGAUGCUUUCUCUAAGGAAUUCAUGGCUCUUCCAUCAGAGUUGCAUCACUAA